AACUAACAAUUUCAUAAUUUAUAUAGAUAUCAUUUAAAAGAUGAAGUUAGACAGCACAGUGCCACCACCAGCAUCUAGACUGAGAAACUUUGGUGUCAAUCUCUGGGCCGAGUUCUCUUCACUAGCGAAUGAGCACAAAGCAACAAAUAUCGGACAAGGGUUCCCGGACUUUGUAGUCCCUGAGUUUCUGCAAGAAGAAGUCCGUAAAGCUGUGGCUAAACCCGCUGCUAACUGGUACACACGAGCCCAGGGGCACCCCCGACUAGUAAAGGAGUUAGCAACAGAGUUCUCUCCUCUCUUCAACAGGAACAUUAACCCUAUGACGGAGGUCAUGACUGCUGUGGGUGCUUAUGAAGCUAUCUACGCUGCUAUCACUGCUUUCAUCAACGAGGGAGAUGAGGCAGUAAUCAUUGAGCCCCACUUUGACUGCUAUGCUGGGGACAUGGAGCUGAGUGGUGGUAAAUUAGUGAGAGUACCACUGCGACCUACUGGUGACGAGAAGUUUGCCAAGAAUUGGAAGUUAGAUAAGGAAGAGUUUGAGGCGGCGUUUAGUGAACGAACUAAACUCCUGAUAACCACCACACCCCACAACCCUGUCGGUAAAAUGUUCACGAGAGAGGAACUGGAGUACAUUGGGUCCGUGUGUAAGAAACACAACGUAAUCAUCCUCUCUGACGAAGUUUAUGAGCGUGUGGUAUUUGACGAAAACGAACAUGUGCGAAUCGGUGGUUUACCUGAUAUGUGGGAGAGAACACUUACUGUGGGCAGCGCUGGCAAAACCUUCAGUGUUACCGGCUGGAAGAUAGGUUGGGCUCUGGGUCCUGCCAACCUCAUCUCUCAACUCCAACAUGUCUCCUCCUGCUCCACCUUUACCGCUCCCACCCUCCUUCAAGAAGCAGUUGCGGGUGCGUUCGAGUACGAGCGAGGCGUAGCCCAGACUGAUGAAUCAUAUUUCAAGUGGUUGUCAGCUCAACUUCAGAAGAACUGCCAGAUGCUGGCUGAUGCUUUUUCUGACAUAGGCUGCACCCCUGUCUGGCCUGAUGGUGGCUAUUUCAUGUUGGUGGACACGGCUACCAUGGGCUGGGAUUUUACAGAUCUGAAAACUGGGAGGUGCUACGAUGUGGACUGUGUCAAGUGGCUGACCAGGGAGUUCAAGCUGGCCACUAUCCCGAUUAGUGUGUUUUAUGGAGAUAAGAAUAGGCAUCUUGCUGCUAAAUAUAUCAGGGUGUGCUUUGCUAAGUCUGAUGGGACUAUCGAGAAGGCUUGCCAAAUUAUCCGAUCUUUUAAAAAGAAGUAAUUUUAUCUACUAAUUUUAGUAAUUUAAUAGUCUUGCUGGCCAAGAAGUCUUUAUCAAUUUAAUGUUCGGAUUAUUGUAUCUGUUUUAUGGGUUAAGAUUGUCCUAUAUGAUUUGCUAUUUUGAUUUAUUAUGUCAUCGCAAAA